AAACUACCAUUUUUUUUUUCUCUCCUCUCAAACACUCUCCGUGUCUCCCUCUCUAAAACUCAAUCCCAAACCCCAACCGAUGCUCCCAUACGUAUCGUCGUCAUCUCUCCAUGAACAAAAGAGACGACACGCCUUCCCUAUAAACGACCACGUCGACAUUCUCAUCGAAAUCCUCAAACGACUCGACGGCCGCUCUCUCGGUGUCGCCGCUUGCGUUUGCCGUCUCUGGUGCACCAUUGCCCGCAAUGAUUCUCUUUGGGAAGACCUCUGUUUCCGCCACGUUUCUUCUCCUCCUCCUUCUACUGUAAGACCUGUCGUCGUCGCUCUCGGCGGGUAUAAGAAGCUUUACAUGGUUUGCGUACGUCCUGUACUGAGUCGACUCGGCCGACGGUUGAGACUCGGUGACUCCGACCGGGUUAGAAGGAUUUGGACUCGGGAUGAGGUUCAGCUCUCGCUUUCUUUGUUUUGUGUUGAUUAUUAUGAGAGGCUUGGCAAUGGCAGACUCAGUGGUGAUGCGUCCGCAUCGUCGCUCAUGUUCCUCUGCAAACCUGUAAACGUUUGAUUUGUUUACCUUUUUUUUUUUUUUUUUUUUUUGACUUUUUUUUUUUUUUCUUUUUGACUUUUGAUUUAUUAUGGUCAGGGCAAAAAAUUAAGGAGCGACACUAAUCUGUUCAUAAAUUUAUUAAGGAAAAUUACUAUUUUCAUAAGAUUA